GGAGAAGCGCCCAAAAAAUUGACAAUAAAUUGCGGGCUAACGCAUUUGUGUUAAAGCUUAUAUAAACUUUCAUUCUGUCAAUAAAGCACUGCUCAUAUAUAUUGAGGAUCAAAGUGUAGGCUAUAACUUUUCAAAUGCAGAUAUUUUAUAUUGAAUCACGUAGGCACAAGCAAAUAGAAUAAAAAUAGGUUCGUGUACGUUGAAUUGGGCGCUAAUCAGAUCUGAUUUUCAAAGGAUUCUAGAUCAGCAGCAUCCUGAAAAGUUCUUCUGCAGUAGUUAUAUUCUGGGCCUUCAGAAUGGCUGAUGAAAUAUCAAGCUUUUGGGGUCCCAUCACAUCAACGCAUGAUUGGUGUGAGCCAAAUUUUGUCUACUCUUCCUAUUUUGCCGAAUUUUUCAACAUGAUCUCGAAUGUCCCAAGUGUUAUUUUAGCACUUAUUGGUCUCAUGAUUUCCUUGAGCCAACAAUUUGAGAAAAGAUUUAGCAUCCUUCACAUAUCUAACAUGAUUCUUGCCAUUGGCAGCAUGUUAUAUCACUCUACGCUGCAACAGCUGCAACAGCAAGGUGAUGAAACGCCUAUGGUGUGGGAAAUGCUCCUUUAUAUCUACAUCCUGUACUCACCAGAUUGGCAUUAUCGAAGUACGAUGCCCACCUUCUUGUUCCUCUAUGGCGCGGUAUUUGCUAUUGCACACUCACAGCUCCACUUUGAUAUUGGUUUUAAGGUGCACUAUGCUCUGCUUUGUCUUCUUUGCAUUCCUCGGGCAUACAAAUAUUACAUUCAGACAGAAGAUAAAUCGGCUAAGUGGCUUGCAAAGUUGUACGUGAUCACUCUAUUAGUUGGGAGUCUGUGUUGGGUAGUUGACCAUUUCUUCUGCAACCACAUCUCGCACCGGUAUUUCAAUCCUCAGGGUCAUGCACUGUGGCAUGUCUUGAUGGGGUUUAACUCAUACUUUGCAAAUACGUUCCUAAUGUACUGCCGAGCUCAACAACGCGAGUGGGGUCCAAAAGUUAUGUUAGGAUUUUUCCCCUAUGUGAAGAUUCAAAAACCAAAAGCCCAGUAGAAGUCAACUUUGGAUAGCAAUUAGCAUCACAAGGAAGCAGGUAAUUGUCUUGUGCUUGUUGGUAAAUGUGAGUGAUCACAUUCUUUUUUGUUUUUCCAUUCACAGUAGUGUAAAUGAUUACUGGGAAUGAUACCAUUAGGUUGAAUUUCAAUUGGUCAAAUUUUGACUGUUCCCGGAUGUAUUAUAUUUAUUUACAUAAUUCAAUAGGUGAUUACAUGAACU